AUGUUGCAACUGUAUACAGAGGAUACUUUUGAGGUGGAUGGAGAACCGAUGUUUGGCUAUUUGCGCGGUCGUUACAAUCAGAGAGAAUUAUCGAGUAUCGAUGAUUAUGCGUUUGAUUUGGGCAUCGAGGUGGUACCUUGUAUCCAAACAUUGGGUCAUUUGGGGCAAAUACUUCAAUGGCCCCACUAUGCCCAUCUUAGAGAUAACACGGAAGUCUUGCUAGCUGAAUCUGAAGCCACUUACGAUUUUAUUGAAAAAAUCAUCAAGGCUGCUGCUAGUCCGUUCCGAUCCAAACGAGUCCAUUUAGGCAUGGAUGAGGCUCAUGGCGUUGGUGAAGGACGAUAUCGCCAGAUCUUCGGUUACAAAGAACCGACUCGUAUCUUUGUCGAUCACCUACAAAGAGUCAAUGAGAUAUGUACACGAUUGGGACUCCAACCAAUGAUUUGGUCAGACACUGCAAAAAAUAACACGUUGCAAGGAUAUUACGAUGAAAGCAACAAUCCUGCAGAAGCACCCGAAAUUGUAGAAAGCAUGCCCCGCAAUAUGGAGCUCAUCUAUUGGGACUAUUAUCAUACAAGUCCGGAUCUCUACACACAAAAACUCCAGCAGCAUCGAGAGUUAGGUUGUCAACAGCCCUGGAUUGCAAAUGCUGCCUGGACAUGGAGUAGAUUCUGGACUGCACUUCCGUUUACCUUUGAAUCGGUGCGCGCAAGCACUGUUGCGGCAAAGGAUAGGGAGGACGGUAUUCGCAAUACCUUUAUCACGAUUUGGGGUGAUGAAGGCAACGAAUGUGAUGUUUUCUCUGCAUUACCAGCACUUUGCUACUAUGCUGAGCAUGGCUACAGUACCCAAGAGGAAGUGGAUAUACCUAUGCUCAAGCGGAACUUUGAGGGAAUUUGUGGCGCCACCUUUGACGAUUGGGUAUAUGCGUCUAAGAUUGAUGAUACCCCUUCAGGCAAUCCAAUCACUAUCCGAACCCAUUACAUGCCCAAUAUUAGCAAAUGGCUACUCUGGGAAGAUCCCUUUUUAAGUUUCCUAUCGCCACAAUAUGCAGAUGAGGAUUUGGAAUCACAUUAUGGUAACAUUGCCGCGCAUCUUUUUGAUGUCAUUGACGGUAAAAACGGCAUCCAUCCACUAAACGAGCGAUUGGAGCUACCUGCACGCAUUGCAACCGUUUUGGCAUUAAAAUGCCAUCUGCGCCAGCGACUGGUGGAGGCGUAUCGCAACCGAAACUAUGAGCGGCUGUACGAGCUGGCACAGGGCAGGUUGACACGGCUGCGCGAAGAAGUAGAGCAGCUAUGGCGAUAUCAUCGCAGUCUGUGGAUGAAAAUGUACAAGCCCUUUGGCUGGGAGACGCUGGAGUUACGAUACGGUGGAUUGCGGACAAGAUUGGAGACCAUGUACGACCAUAUCAUUGCACAUCAACACACGCGACGAUCGUCUUCGUUAACAGAAGAAGUGCUCGACGAGGAAAACGUCCAUUGGCGUAUUCCGGAAUUUGAUGCAGAUUUGGAGUGUCUAUUCUAUGGGUCUCGUACCAACUUGUUGCUCGAUUAUGCCCGAGUUAUUUCUCCAUCUAGACCUGGCUAA